AUGACCUGUCCGCCGCAAGUUGUGUUUGUUGACUCGACCUGGAACCGAAGCCUUUCUAAUGGAGAACCAAUACAAACAGGAAGAAAGCAACAAGGGCACCUUGAAAUCCGGCUUGAGGGGAGGAGGGGAAGGAGGGGAAAGGCAGAUCCCAAUUGGAAAGGUUACUUUCCCCACCAACCUAUUUAUCGAAAUUCGCAACAAAGGCUGAACUCAUGGCACAAGGUUGUCCGAUCAAGUCAUCCUUGCCUAGAACCUAGCUCUCUGUACCACUGGCUCAUCCUCAACAGACUCGCAUCCCAAGUAGGACGCCCCUUAGACGUGCAGAAUCGUAAGCUGCUGCACAAGACCGAGUCCCCUCUUCAGCGAAGGCUCGUUGAAGAGGCUCAAGGCUCCCACCUGGUUACGAAGCUUACAUUCCUCCUCAGAGGUGGUAGUAUUCGGUACCCUCUUCUCCAUGUUGGAAGCCCUCAGACUAGUAAUGAUAGCCCCCAGGGACCAACCUCAGGUCCUUAUCCUGCUCGACAAAAAAUCAUUUCACUGGAAAUUGAAUCCCCUGACCUCUGGGGCUCGGAUUCCCCCAGCCUACUCGCCCCUCUUCUCAAUCAGAACUAUUCACUCCUCCCAACUAUUAUUCUUUUUUUAGAGUAUUACUUCCACCUGUGA